GUUCGCAAGUGGAAGUCGAUCAAACACCAACCUUUUAUAAGAUUGGAGUUUACGGUGAAAAAAUUGUAACUUUUAAAAUAUAUCAAAAUUAACAUAACAUAUUUAUUUUUGCGUUACAUAUACGAUUAAAGUUUUUACGAGCGUGUUGUAAUUUUUGCAAUUCUUUUGAUGAAAACGUCACAGCGCCAUGUUGUAUUCCUGCGCUGAUUGCAGGCACGAGAAAUCUGCCAACCCGUUUAUUUUUUGGGAUUAGACCAGAGAAUAAAUCGAACUGCGAUUUUGUAUUCAAAUAUAUUUUAAUUUAUAUUUGUUGGCAAAUGUCAAACAACUUUUGUGAAUUCGAUGUAUCCCUGUUGUCGCAUUUCGAGUGUUAACUCUUAAUUUCAACUGCAGUUAAGUGCAUCCGCGAAAGUUGAAAGGACUGUGUUGUAAAAGAAAGAAGUGAUAAUUAGCCAAAAUUCCGGUCCCUACGCGCAGACGAGAAGGUGCCUACCCGCCGGGGCAGUCGGGCGAAGGAGAUAUGAACAACAAGCGCAAAAAUCGCCAAGGGCCGCCGAGGUCACCUCGGGGCCGCGUGGUGGCGGAGGGUGUCUACAGCAACGCGCACUUCAUGCACGCAGCCACAUCCCACGUUGGGGACAUCGUGCAAGUGCUCACCCAGUCGGGAAGCCUCUGGGAAGGCGUUUUCAAGACAUUUAGUGCCCAGUUUGAGGUUGUGCUAGAGGUAGCGCACCGCGUGGACCAAGAGGGCGUGGUCGCGGUUGACUCCGUGGUGGAGAAGUUGAUCUUCAAGCCCCAGGACGUGGUGUCCAUCCGUGCCAAGGACUCGGACUUAGAGUACGCCACGCACGAUGUAUUCCAGACCGAUACGGCCAUUAGCAAGUUUAAUGGCAAUGGUCGUACAGCAGAAGAGCGUCACCUAGAACCUUGGGACGGUUGCGACGGCGAGGGCGGAGACGCGCCCUCUCUGAACGGAGACGCUCGCCUCGACGAGCUCGAGCUGGACCACCGCGCUAACGGCUGGGACGCCAACGACAUGUUCCGCAAGAACGAGGAGGUGUACGGAGUGCAUAGCACCUAUGACCACUCGCUAGCAGGGUACACGCUGCCUUUGCAGAGGAAGGACACACAGGAUUACAGAGAUGCCGAGGCUAAAGCGGAAGAGAUAGCUGCUGAGAUUGAGAGCACGCCGUCGUACAAGGCGCGCAUUGAACUGGAGAAUGGUGACGAGGAAGAGCGCUUUGCAGCCGUGGUGCGGCCGCAGGACGGACAGGCGCCCGGCAAAUAUGUUAUACCCAAUAAACGGAAGCAUUUGCAGGGUGGUAAAUUAGUGAAGCCAGUGUCGGGCAACGGCGGUGGCUCCUCCCCCGGUAAUGGACCGGGCAGCGGCAAGCCGGGCAACUUCCCGCACCCUGGACACCCGUCGCACCCCGCGCACGCCCCGCACGGGCCACACGCGCCCCACGCCCCGCCCAAGGAGAAGGAGCACCGCCCCCCACGGCACCAUCUCACGCCCCCCUCCGACCGACGGAUGGAUGACACACCGUCUGGUGCGAGCAAUGGCGGACUCCCGAGCGGUGCGGGCCCCGGCAAUAAGAGCUACGCGGCACAAGCGGGCGGCUACCACGCACCCCCACCCUUCCCCCACCACGCACAGCCGCAAACAGGCAAGAUGAACGGUGAUCCCAGAGGGCCGCCUAUCACCAGGCAAGGCUUCCCUUCGCACCAUCAUCAUAAUGCGGUGCCAGCGGAGCCCCGCGCCAGGACUCAAGCCCCACCAGAGCCACGGGAGCCCCGAGAGCCACGAGAUCCACGCGACUUAAGGGAUCCGCGCGAUCUACGGGAUCCACGCGACUUACGGGAUCCACGUGACCCGCGAGAUCCUCGUGACCCACGUGACCCUCGUGACCCACGUGACCCUCGUGACCCACGGGAGCUGCGUGAACCACGGGAGCGACGCGCAGAUGAAGUGCAGGAGCUCCGCAAAUUCGGUCAGGAGUUCAAGCUGGUAUCCUCUGGUGCUCCUCCGCAUCAGCAGGCGCAGCAGCCGCACCCGCAGCACCCGCCGCACGCAACACACCCGCAGCACAUGCCCCACCCUGUGCACCAGCCGCACCAGCCCCAUCAGCCUCACCAGCCCCACCAGCCCCACCAGCCGCCGGUCAAUACGCAGCCACCGCAGCUGCCCCCGCCGGCGCCGAGCCCGCCCGAGGUGUCAGCAAACGCGGGCGCGCCCUCUGACCCCCUGCCCAAGCGAGAACGUCCACCAAAGCAGCACACUCCUCCUGCUGCACAUAAGCCGCCACCAGUACCAAAGCCAGAGGAGCCGGUGUCCGAUGAGCAGUCACCAUCGUCGUCGUCACCACCGUCAUCUGUGUCACCAGGUGUCGACCGCGCCACCGCCACACUCAAGAAGUCAACCCUCAACCCUAAUGCCAAGGAGUUCAACCCCAGUGCCAAGCCGUUCACACCGCGCAGCCCCAGCACACCAAACCCCAGCCGUCCGCAUACGCCGGGCACUCCGGUGGGCAUGGGCGUGGGCAUGGGUGUGGGCGUGAACAUGGGCGUGAUGGGCGCCGGCGUCAGCUACGUGCCCGCACCACACCCUCCACCUCCACACAUGUUCGCACACCAGGUGGCGGCAGUGCCGGCGUACGCGAUGGUGGCAGCGGCCGCAGCAGCCGCGCAACAACCUCCCGCCUACCUCCCCCACCCCCACCCUAUGGAGAUGAGUUGCGAGUGCCGGCAGUACGGACCCCCCAUACUGCUGGUGCAGGACAAGCGCGACAGACAUGACACGCUGUACGGUGCUGCAAUGGGGGGCGGGGCGGCAGUUGCAGGUGCUGCGGGGCAACACGCACCUCUGCCUGCACAGCAACAGAGAAAUUUCAGAAAAGUCGGCGUGGGUUCUGGUGUGCAAGUUGCUGCGGCGACAGGGCAGCCGCUGCUGGCGCCGGCGCCCAUGCAACCCUUCGUGCCCUACCCCCACCCCCACCCGCAUCCACACCCCGGACAUCCUGCACACCCUGCGCACCAGCCCCAGCCAGCGCUGCAGUAUCAGCACAUGAUGAGAAUGUACGGCGGAGGCGUGGCCCCCGGCGUGGGCGUGGCGGCCGGCGUGGGAGUGGGCGUAGGCGGCGGGGUGGGCGUGGGCGAGGGCGCGGCGUACGCUCCGCAGGCUCCAUCCCCCGCAGCCGCGUCCCCCGCUCUGUACCCGCCGCCCUCGCCCGCCCACACCCCGCACCCACAUCCCCACCCGCACCCACACCAUCACUACCAGCAGCCGCCAUUCCAGGUGCUGUGCCCGCUGAUGGGGCCGGGCUCCCACCACCAUCACCAUCACCACCCUCACGUGGCAUACCUCAACCAUGCGCCGCCCACAGCCUCGCCGCCGCACCACCCACAUACACUACAGCAACAAGUUCUGAUGCCACCACAGCAUCAGCCGAGCGGUGGUGGGUCAUCUACACCUGGCGGGCACACACACCCGUAACGUGCGCGCCCCCUCCCGACCCGCCGUACACGAGCCCCACCACACCGCGCGCGUACCGACACCCCCCCGCCGUGCUAGACCAGCC